AUGCUGUUCUGGAGGCGACCAGAGGUGGCCGAGAUUGAAGAGGUGCUGCGGUCAGAGGGGCAGAAGGGAUUCACGCACGAGGGCCACGUGCGUAUGACGCGGGACGUGCGGUCGCGGGCCGAGCUCGAGGCGGCCCUGCGGGCGCAGGGCGAGGCCGGGCACAUCUUCGACGUCGACCAGCUGCGCGUACAGCUCGGCAGCGGCCGUGAGUGCUUCGACAAGGCCAAACAGGCCAUGCGCGCCUGGAAGAUGUUUGACGCAAUGGGAUGGCGUGACAGGGAGGGCGAGACGUUGGGAACGCUGAUCCUGAACAUGGGGUUCUACUCGUUGGCAGCGUGCAGAAUAGUCUACACGAUCGACGAGGGGCCAGCGGCCGCACAGGGGACCACGGCCACCACGCAUGCCAACCCGGAUGGGAGCCCGAGCGGUGAGUUCCUGGUGGACGAGUGGGGCGUGGAGCGGUUCGGGUUCGCCUACGGCACUCUGCCGUGCCAUCUGGUGGCCGGCGAAGAGCGCUUUCAGAUCGAGUGGGACAAAACGGACGACACGGUGUGGUACGAGGUGCUCUCCUUCUCCAAGCCUCAACACUGGAUGGCCAAGGUGGGCUACCCUGUUGCCAGAUGGUUUCAGGACCAGUACCACCAAGAAACAGCUCUCGCGAUGCAGCUGGCCAUCCAGGAUGAAGACGAACAGCAGGAUGUGUAA